UCCGCCUAGUCAUUGAUGUUGUUGUUUUUGUCGCAGGAGGCGGAGGCGAGGCCGCGGCCUGGGGCUGCAGCAGCGGCAGCGGGGCUCGGGCCGGCGCCAGGCAUGGCGGUGUGCGGGGAGGCGGUGGGCGCCGGCUCCCUGCCCAGCGAGCUGGUGGUUCACAUCUUCUCGUUCCUGGCGGGCCCGGACCGGCUGCGGGCCUCGGCCGCCUGCUCGCACUGGCGGGAGUGUCUCUUCUACCCCGCCCUGUGGCCCCGGCUGCGCCUCAGCCUCCGCGUCUCCCCCGCCGAGCGCCCGCGCCUCGACUUCCUCAUGCGCAAGUGCGGCUGGUUCGUGCGGGAGUUGCGCGUCCAGUUCGCCGCCGACAACUACCUGGGCGGCGGCGGCGGCGGCGGGGUCUGCGAGGGGGCGGGGGCGGCGGCCGCGGCCGAGGGGGAGACGCCGCUCUGCCCUCGCUGGCUGGACCUGCUGAGGACCUACCUGGAGUUGGUGCUGUGCGUGCUGAGCAGCGUCCGCAAUAACAGGAACCUCCAGAAGUUAAGUCUUUUUGGGGAUAUAAGCAUUCUGCAGCAACAUGGAAGUAUAUCGAAUACAUACCUCGGCAAGGUGGACCCAGAUGGCAAAAAGAUUAAGCAAAUACAACAGCUAUUUGAAGAAAUAUUGGCCAAUAGCAGGCAAUUGAAGUGGCUGUCUUGUGGGUUUAUGCUGCAAAUAGUCACUCCCACAUCAUUGUCAUCUUUAUCAAACCCCAUUGCCAACACCAUGGAACACCUGAGUUUGCUGGACAACCACAUCCCUGGUAAUACCACUCUUAUCACUGCAGUUGAAUUGGAGCGCUUUGUGAAUUUGCGCUCACUCGCCUUGGAUUUCUGUGAUUUUACAGCUGAAAUGGCAAGAGUCCUGGCUGAUAGCAACCAUGUGCCUUUGCAUCGACUCUCUCUUCUGGUCCACAAAAUUUCCAUAAUGCACAAGUCCUUGGAAAACAUGCCAGAAGAUGAGAAUUGGAAGGCACUGACACGCAACAGCACUAAUCUUCGGGUCUAUAUUAUGGCUUUUGAUAUCAAGAGUGAUGACAUGCUAAGAAUUCUUAAGCCCAGUAUCCCACUAGAGAGGAUUCACUUUGACAGCUACAUCACUUGUGUUUCAGGGGCUGUUGUUGACCUCAUAUCCAGGCAGUAUGACAAGUUUCUCACUCAUUUUAUAUUAAUGAAUGAUGUGAUAGAUAUGUCUGGUUUCCCAGAUCUUAGUGACAACCGUAAUGAAGAUCCACUGGUUUUGUUAGCGUGGAGGUGCACAAGGCUCUCUCUCCUAGCAGUUCAUGGUUACACUGUGUGGGCACAUAACCUCAUUGCAAUCGCUCGUCUUCGUGGCUCUGACUUGAAAGUGCUUGAAGUCACAGAAGAAAGCAUUGAUUUUGACCAAGGUGAACUGGCUGAUCAGGAUGUGGAUCCAGUACAUAACCUCAUUGAGCAGGUAUCCCUUGGAUUGGGUCGACCUUGGCAUGCAGUCAUGGACAUAGAAUUACUCAGUGUCUUCACCGAGCCAACUCAUCAUUUUUAUAGAGAGAUGCAAAGCUUCAGUGAAGGCAUUUAGCUUUUUUUUUAUUUACAAUUCCUGUGGUUACAUAUGCAAGUAGGAUCCUAUUAUGUUUUUCAGUAGUGUGAAUUAACCCCUUUUGUGCUGUGUUUAAUCAGUAUUAGAUAUAUAGAAUUAUAUAUGUGUAUUCUACUUCUUGAUCAAAGAACGUAGUCGGGUAUUGGUUUAGAAGCUGAAAGUGGCAACGUUUAGGGCUUUCACGGUUAAUGGACUUGUCUACCAAACCUUAUAGAGAUACAGCCGAAGGUUGUCUGAGGUUGCCGGCUAACUAUAUUUUUUACUGAGUAACUGCAUCUUCUAUUAUUUUACUAUUAUGUCGGAGUUUAGUGCUCAGGAGCCAAUUUUUAACUAUCCAUAGCCCGGUGGAUUUGUAUGCAAUCAUUGUCAUAUAAUCUGGUAGUAUGCUACUUAUUAGGCUUUAAAAAAUAGAAGAGAAGACUACCCAAUGCCAGUUCACUGUAAACUUUCACUUUAAUUUCACAUACAGUUUCUGAAGCAUGAAUUACUACUACUCGCUACAUUUUUUCUCAUUUAUUAAGCAGUCGUCUGUAGCAUUGUGUAGUUUUUCCAGUUACUCACCUGAAUUUGCGAGCUUUUAAGACUAUAAAUUGUAGGAUUUCUGAUCCUUUGAAAAUUCGUCAUAGCUUCUUAUUCUCAUGAUCUCAGUUUCUCCAUAUGAGUUAGCUUUGGGCCCAGAUUUAAAAGGAAAUAUAAGUUUACACAUUCCGAUGGGGUAAAACCAUAACAAUGAAGAUAUAAAUUUAAAUGUACAUUUUUGCAAACAAACAUUAGUCGUGAAAUCCCUAGCAACCAAGUCACUGGACUUUCUCUGUCAGCGCCUGUGUCAGCUGCCAAAGAAUAGAUUAAAAAUGAAGAAGUGCCCACAUGCUGGCAGGGGCAGGCCAACUGUUGGUCUGCCAGAUACUGCUAGAUUGUAAUAUAUAAGGUCGAAUUUCGACCUGUGGUACACAGCUGUGCUGUGGCUCAGUCAGCAACCUCAGAACUCUUAAACAAACAUGCACCUGUUUCACUGUGAAUAGUGAAUGUAAAGGAAGGAAAGGAAAUAAAUACAAAGCUUGUUCUAUCACAGGUAUGAGCUGCUAUGAUGCAUGAAGAACAUUCCAUGAAGUAUGUUUUAAAAUCUUGUUAUAUCUGAGAGGCUUUAAAAGCCGAUUUAACUGUUUCAGGGCAACCGCGGUACAGACGUGGUCUCUGUGAGACUUCCACCUGACCCCAGUUUUAAGUGGUACGAAUGUUGUGCAUUUAAUGUUAAAGGACAGUCUGCAAUAAUUAAAGUAAGUGGCCAACGUGGGUGCCCAGCAGUGCUGAGACCUGGCUGCUAUAUUGUAAGCUUUGGAAAACACAAUUUAUGCAACAGAUGUCCAGAUAUGAUUCUAUUUAUGGAAAAAGUUUAUAUGUGUUUUACAAAUGGUUUUACCAUCUUAUAUUAAAAUGACCUUUUGACAGGUGUGCGCUGUUUUGUCUCCAGUGAGCACAUACCAUGCGGAUUUUAUAUGUACAUCAGUAGAGUGAAUCCACUGGCACAGUGUGUGUAUAUGCCAGAUGUGGUGAGAUUUUAUCUUAUAAAUGUGAUCAGAUUAAAAAACUCCUGACAGAAAAUGUAAGGAAACCAGCUGAAUGUUUGAACUGAUGACUGAUGUUGUAUGGUUUAUGUUAAAUGUAUAUUCUUUUAAUCAAUGAAUAAAGCAUUCAAAACUGAUCAUUGUAAAAUA